AGCUUCGCCUCCUCUACUCUUCGCUGAGCACUGCGAUGGCGAGUUCGUGGUCGCGGGCGCUGACGCAGAUCUCGCCCUACACCUUCGCCUCCGUCGGCAUCGCCAUCUCCAUCGGCGUCUCGGUCCUCGGGGCCGCCUGGGGGAUUUAUAUCACCGGGAGCAGCUCGAUUGGUGCCGCGAUCAAAGCCCCCAGAAUCACCUCGAAAAAUCUCAUUAGGAAUUCCUUUACAGCCCAAAUAAGCAUCAGUAAUGAUAGGGGAAUCACCAUGAAAGUCAACGGGGACACGAACCAUGACCCCAGCCAUACCAGGGUGGGACAGUAGAAAAGACUCCCCUCAGGGAGUGAUGACGACGCAACAUGUCACGCCAUCCUCCGCGCGCAGGCCGCACCCUGUCCGAGUGUACGGGCAUUAAUGUCGACCUGACGUCUCCAACGUCACCCCCUCAGCCAGCGACUCCCUCGCCCAUACCCUGCGAUCGGAUGAUCCGACACGCCACCCUAAUGGCAACGUCAAAUCCAGUCAGAGGCACGACCCCGUUCUGACAAGCAGGAACACCAGGUAAUAUCAGACCGAAACUAUAAGAGUCCGGGGCCAAAAAGGCCACCGGGGGGGGGGGAGGAACCCCUUUUGAUUCACUAACAAGACCGUCGGAGGGGUCGGGCCCAGAAGACGGUCCGACCUUUGUGCAGGUACUCGGCGACCACGUUGCCAGGGGAUUGCAGCUGACCACCUCGAGGGAUCACCCGCGGAUCGACCGGCCGUGAUCGCCCACCCCGAAGACACCAGGAGGCUCUACGCGCGAUCUUCGGCAUCCGGACCCCUGAACCAAGCCGUAACGUCCCGAGGUCACGGCUUAAACAGGUGCAGACGACAUCAGAAUGGCGCUAGAAGGAGGGCCUCGAAUGCCGAACGAUCCUCACGCCAACCCUCCCGGGCCCGUCACCCACGGAGAAGGAGAAAUGCUGACGUCAACGCCAGAUCGUUAUUGGCGCCUGUUCAACGACUUAGGGAUGCCACCCCCGUUAACCACGGUCGACCCUCCGGCCGCACUGCCCGAGGCGUUCCUAGCUCUCGCUAAGCAAGUGCAGGGAAUGAUGGAGAUAAUGCAGACCGUUGUCCCAUUUAUUCCCGAAAUCAGGCGACUGACGGACGCCUCCGCCGACCCGGCCCAUCGAAGGCCGAGCGCGGGACAGGAUGCAACCGGUGAAACCCGAGACAGAGCCAUCCACCACGAAGGUUCGCCCACGCGCGUCUCUCCCGCCCCCUCUCGAGCCGCACGGCGUCGCCCCGAGCCUGACACCGUAUCGUCCGACUCGGCGGACAGCUUCCUUAAGGUACAAUUCUCCCAGGUCAAUCGUCGCCUGGAUGAGUUCCGACGCGAGCUCCAGAGGUCGCGGGACGAAUCAAGCGAGGGCACCUCGGGGGGGUCCCCUUUCGUUCAGGAAAUACAAGAAAAACCCAUCCCCCUCAACUUUAGGGUGCCGGCCCUCGAGACAUACGACGGCGGCUCCGACCCAGCAGAGCAUGUCGCCGCGUUCAGAACUCAGAUGGCCCUUUACGGCACGUCCGACGCGCUGAUGUGCCGUACGUUUCCAACCACCUUCAGAGGACCAGCACGCGCGUGGUUCAGCCGGCUGCGACAAUCCUCGAUCUCGUCUUUUGACCAGUUCGCCAAAGAGUUCGAACAAAACUUCCUUACCAGCGCGCGACCUCGGCCUUCCAUAGCCGCCCUGCUGGCACUAUCGCAGCACGAAGAAGAAACGCUCGCGCAGUUCGUGACGCGCUUCGCCGCGGAGGUCCGCGGCUAUUCGGACACUCACCCCUCUUUGAUCAUGCAGGCGUUCCUGACGGGGCUGAAACCAUCGAGAUUCUUCUGGUCAUUGAUCGAGAAGCCGCCCGCCAUUGUCCCCGAGAUGCUCUACCGGGCAAACCAAUACGUCGCCGGCGAAGCAUUAGCAGCAGGAAGACGUCCGGUCGGGAAGAAAUCGCGAACCGAGCAACCCCGAGCCGCCACCUCGUCGGCCGACUCGCGAACCCAUCGGAGGCCCGACCACCACGAGCAGCGGCUCCCGAGGCCUCCGCCCCUCCCGCUCAACGCACCUCGCACCGAGAUCUUCCUCCAGAUCAGGGAGAAGGGUCUUUUGCGGCCCCCUAAUCCCAUGAGAGCUACUUACAAAAAUCGGUCGAAAUACUGCAGGUUCCACCGAGACCACGGCCAUGACACGGAAGACUGUCACGACCUCCAGAACCAGAUCGAGGAGCUAAUCAGAAGAGGGUACCUCGGUCGCUAUCUCAAGGAACCCCGCGAAGCAACCCCGCGUCCCCGAAUGCCCGUGGAAAGGCAGGUCGACGUCAUCAUCGGUGGACCGGCGGCAGGCGGCAACAGCUCAAGCGCGAGGAAAUCCUAUGCCCGAAGCUCGGUCGAGAAGCGCCCCCGACCCGAACUAGAACCCGAAAUCUCUUUCGGGGCUGAGGAGGGGGAAAGAUCCCACCAUGACGACGCUCUGGUAAUUUCUAUCCAGAUCGCCAACGCCCGGGUGAAGCGGGUGAUGGUCGACACUGGGAGCUCCGCCGACAUCCUGUACCUCGACGCCUUCAAAAGGCUCGGCCUGCCCACUGAAGACCUUGAUGCGGCAAGGCAUCUGUUUAAGCCGUGGCCUCGGGGCCGUCGCGGCUCGGUUCUGGGUCCGGAAGUCGGGGGUCUCUAGCGGCGUCCGUCGGGGUCUUCCGGCGGCCGCGUGCGGUGGUUCGGGUCGGGACAUCGGGUCGGCCGCAGCUCGGGUCGGCAGGUCGGCCGCAGCUCGGGUCGGGACGUCGGGUCGGCCGCAGCUCGGGUCGGCAGGUCGGCCACAGCUCGGGUUGGCAGGUCGGCCGCAGCUCGGGUCGGCAGGUCGGCCGCAGCUCGGGUCGGCAGGUUGACCGCAGCACCUGAAGAGUCGACCGUCUGGUACCUGCACAAAGGUCGGGCCGAGGCGCUCGGCCCGACCCCUCCGACGGCUAAGUUAGCGAUGUGGAGGGGGUUUUGGAGGAAGAGAUGGCUCCAUACAAGUGUGGAGUGUGAGUGUGUCCUCUCUAGUCGGAGUCCUCUUCUCUUUAGCAUGCGAGGGUAUUUAUAGGGGAGUAUUCUGCAGUAUGUACCUCGAUCAGUGUGUUGGACCUGGCUUUUGCAGGAUAUUAAUGUGCCUUGGUCAGUGUGUUGGACUUGGCUUUUGCAGGACAUUAAUGUGCCUCGGUCAGCGUUCUGAUCAGUUUGACCAAGUGCUGAGGCGUGAUGGGACAGGUGACGUCAGCCCGUCUUGUCGCCAUUAUUUCCCUCAUCAUAUUCCCCCCCCUGAAAGGAGCUAUGCGUCGGUUGUCAAGCAAGGGGAGUCCGAUGCAUGGCUCUUGUUUUCAGGUGGGUUGGUCGUGCGGUCGCAAUUUUGGGGAGAAUGGAGCCGAGGAGCAUAAGGCUGUUGGACAGGUUGGGCCGACAAGUCGCAAGUCGGAGAUCGAACUAGAGCGACUUGGGCUAUGAAUUGAGCCGGCGAGUCGCAAGUCGAAGAUCGAGCUGGAGUGACUCGGGCUAUGGUUUGGGUCGGCGAGUCGCAAGUCGGAGAUCGAACUGGAGCGAGUAGACCGCGUAGGCGUGUCUCGGGUUAUGGGCCGAGGCGGCGAGAUGCAAGUCGGAGAUCGAACUGGAGCGAGCAGACCGCGUAGGCGUGUCUCGGGUUAUGGGCCGAGGCGGCGAGUUGCAAGUCGAAGAUCGAACUGGAGCGACUCGGAUUAUGGUCUGAGCCGGCGAAUCGCAAGUCGAAGAUCGAACUGGAGCGACCCGUGCUAUGAGCCGAGGAGCCGGCGAGUCGCAGGUCGGAGCCUGAACUGGAACGAGCAGACCGCGUAGGUGUGUCUCGGGUUAUGGGCCGAGGCGGCGAGUUGCAAGUCGAAGAUCGAACUGGAGCGACUCGGGUUAUGGUCUGAGCCGGCGAAUCGCAAGUCGAAGAUCGAACUGGAGCGACCCGUGCUAUGAGCCGAGGAGCCGGCGAGUCGUAGGUCGGAGCCUGAACUGGAACAAGCAGACCGCGUAGGCGUGUCUCGGGUUAUGGGCCGAGGCGGCGAGUUGCAAGUCGAAGAUCGAACUGGAACGAGCAGACCGCGUAGGCGUGUCUCGGGUUAUGGGCCGAGGCGGCGAGUUGCAAGUCGAAGAUCGAACUGGAGCGAGCAGACCGCGUAGGCGUGUCUCGGGUUAUGGGCCGAGGCGGCGAGUUGCAAGUCGAAGAUCGAACUGGAACGAGCAGACCGCGUAGGCGUGUCUCGGGUUAUGGGCCGAGGCGGCGAGUUGCAAGUCGAAGAUCGAACUGGAGCGACUCGGAAUGACUGGAUCGACGAGUCGCAGGUCGGAACCUGAACUGGAACGACUCGGAAUGACUGGAUCGAUGAGUCGCAGGUCGGAACCUGAACUGGAACGACUCGGAAUGA